AUGAUGAGGCGGUCUCCAAAUGGUGAUCAGAACAGCACUAUGGAGAGAUUGAGUUCUCUAGAGGCCCAGAUUGCCGAGAUACGGAACAGUUUUAAGUAUGAUCAAGAACUGCUUAACACGACAUCCAUGAUGACAACAACUGACAAAGUGGACAGCUAUCAGUCUCGAUCUGCGGGAAACGCUUCAAUUCGUUCAUCGCCUAGAGCCCCUGUGCCUUACUCACGACCAGAUGCGUCUGCUCGUGCAACACCCACUCCACAGAGGAUGCCAUCGUGGGAGGAAUUAUCAUCGGCGGCGGAAUUGUUUCUAACUUAUGCCAACUGCCAACCUCUUCCGCUAUUCUCUCCGCAGUAUUUGAUGGAGACGCUUGCAUCGAGGGACAAUGAGCUUCUCUUAUCAAUCCAUGCACUCGUUGGUCGGUUCGCAAUCUCAGAGGGCAAUGUCGCCGAUGAGAUCAAUUCAUCGAGCGAUGUUGAGAGUGCUGACAAGGCAAGGAGGAUGGUUAUGCAAAAGGUCUCUCAAGGGCCGGUAGAGCUCUCAACCAUUCAAUCGUUAUGCAUCCUGAGCUUGAGAGAAUUCAAUCAUGGUAACGUCGUGCGGGCAAGCAUGCAUGUCUUGGAUCACGCAGUUGAGGAACGUCGUCGGUGCUAUUGGAGUGUUGUACAGCUCCAUAACCUGUACAGCUACUCAGCUGGUUCGUUCACUUUCGUCGUGGAUGAAAGGGUUCCAAAAUUCCCCCAAAGCCCAGAUCAACCCAUUGGGACUAGUUCCGAAAUUACAGAUGCUGCACUUGAACAGCCUCAGAUCAAUGGCAUCUCUAACAACGAACCUAGUGAUCUUGGUAUUGUUGCAUACACUAUCCAGCUGAGCGGACUGUGGCAAAGAGCAGCUCGGUAUGCUCAUCGGCGGGGCAAGUCCAUCGCUCUACCAGCCUGGUCGCCACAGUCCGAAUAUGCUCAGAUUACGGCACAACUGAUGGAAAUUGAAACUGGGAUGCCCUACAAAUAUCGAUUUCGACCAUCACGUUUUACCGAGCAACAGCCACAGCAACUACAACGCAAUCGUGCAUUCUGGGCUCCUUGGUUGUUAUUACAAUUUCUAUAUCACUCCAUUCUUUGCCUACUCAACCAUCCUCUACUCUUGUCAUUGCGUCUCCGUAAUUUCAGAGUGACAAUGGUUCCUGAGAUAUUCCUCCAGCAUACUGCGGACCUCACUACGACACAUACCGAAUGGAUUGUCCACUUGCUAGAUUUAUGCAAAGAGAAAAGCUUCAAGCUUUCCGACCCCUUCCUGAUCCACUGCGCUGCAAUUGCAGCCACCAUAUAUCUGCAACAAAGCUUUACUGAUGAUCAUACCGUGAGAUCCGAGAAGCAGGAUUGCUUCAAGAAGUGCUUCUCUUUCAUUCGAGAAAUGGGUGAGCACUGGCCAUAUGGUAAUCAGCUGGUACGUCGACAUCUCCAUGCAUUCGACUGCUACCGACCUUACAUAACGUUAACCAUCCUACAGGCAAACAAGAUCGAGCAGUUUGAGAAGGUAGUCUCAACGUCAUUUGACAAUUCAGCAGCGAGCAACUCGCCCAACCCCAACAUUUUCAUCGAUUUGAAUCUCUUCUGGGAGAUCAUUGAGUCUUCCUCAUCUGGCGAGCUUCCACAAACCACCGACUCAUAUUUUGGUGCCUCGCUUAUCUGGCAUCGACGAAACUCUCAUUCUGCGGAAGUCCUCAGAAGCAGGCUUCUGCCCGAGCCAACUCGUAUCAGUCACGAAGGCGUCACGCCGUCAGUAAGUAACCCCAGAUCAGCUGGCGCCAUGUCUCGUCUUCCGAGCUUUGCUCCGACUGUGUCGCAGAUGCAGCUACCUGGCAUGGAGUCGUCUCAGGACGAAGGAUUGUCAAUACUUGCACAAAGCUACUUCGCCGCUGGCCAAGACUUUGUUGGCAAUAUGGAUGAUUGGUGGUUUUCGGGACCUACCGCCUGA